UCUCUCUCCACAUCACCUUCUCCCUCUAAUCUUAGUAAAUUUUUAUUCUUUUUCCCCUGUCAGACGCGCGCCUCCGUCAUUAGGGUUUUCUCUCACCUUCACCCCCCUAAAUUCCCUCCACUUCCAGGCCUAACUACCACUUCAUCCCAUGGAACCUUCACUUCUGCUCUCUCUGUUCAUACCCUUUUCUUCUUUUUUGUUCUCCCUUGGAGGUUUCUGAAAUCUUGGCUUGGUUUGGAGGGUUCAAGGUCAUAUUUUUACUGAUUGUGGCUCCUGAAUUUUUUCUCUUUUUGGAGGUUUUUGAAUUGAUCUGUUGGUGGGUAUUUGUUAAAUUUUGGUUUUAGAUUAGGAGGUGAAAGAUCAGAUUUUGGGGGUGUUGUUUCUCUUUUGGUCUUUGUUUGCAUAGUUGUGUGUUGGUUUUGUUUGAGGAAUUGGUGUGAAAAAUGGAGGAUCAAGAGGCAGUUGGUGUGGAAUCUUGUGUGAAUACAGUGAGGGAAGUGAGAUUAGAGGAAGAUGAGGAGGAAUUCAGGAGCUGUUGUGAGGAUGAUGAGGUGUGGAAGGAGAGUGAAGAAGUGGUGGUGGUGGUGGUGAAGGAAGAAGAAGCAAAGGAAGAUCUUGAUGAAUUUUCAGUGAAGAUGUUCUUCAAAGGCAUGUCAAUAGCUCACGCUGGAGAGUCUAGUUCUGGCUUCUCUGGAAUUGGUGUUGUGAUGGAGAGAUCGAUUAAUCUUCCUGUUAUUCAGGUGCAGAAAAAGCUUGAUUUCUAUGUGGAGGAAUCUGUGGCUGAUUAUUUAGCUUUAAUGGAUGGUCUGGCUGAGGCUAUGCAGAAUAAAGUUCGCAGUGUGUAUGCUUUUACCGAUUCCGAGUUGUUGUAUGAGCAGAUUACAAAUGAGGAGAGACUUGACAUUCCGCUUCUUGUGGCUCUGAGGCAAAGAAUCCUAGAACAUACAAGCAAUCUUGAAACGUUUGUUUUAACACUUGUUCCGAGUGUUGAUCUUGAGAGGCCAUUGCGACUAGCACAAAUAGCUAUCGGGGUUGUCUCUUCUCCUGCCAAAGGAGAUAAAUCAGUUGAAAACUGUUCUAUCUGCUGCGAGGACAAGCUGUCUCCGAUGAUGAUUACAAUGAAAUGCUCCCACAAGUUCUGUUCGCAUUGUAUGAGGACCUACGUCGAUGGGAAAGUGCACUCGUCUCAGGUUCCAAUCAGAUGUCCACAGUUGAAAUGCAAAUAUUGCAUCUCUACUGCAGAGUGCAAAUCAUUUCUUCCACUUAUUUCGUAUGAAUCACUGGAGAGAGCCCUUGAAGAAGCAAAUGUUCUCCACUCGGAUAGAAUCUACUGCCCGUUUCCAAAUUGUUCAGUCCUGCUUGAUCCUCAGGAAUCUUUGUCAGCUAGGGCAAGUUCAUCAAGUCAGUCUGAUAACAGCUGUGUUGAGUGCCCGGUUUGUCAAAGAUUUAUUUGUGUGGAUUGUGGGGUUCCUUGGCAUUCUUCAAUGAACUGUGAGGAGUACCAGAAUCUUCCCUUGGAGGAGAGAGAUGCGUCAGACAUUUCCUUGCAUCAGUUAGCACAAAAUAAAAGAUGGAGGCGUUGCCAGCAAUGUCGUAGGAUGAUUGAACUCAGUCAAGGUUGCUAUCACAUGACUUGCCGGUGCGGACACGAGUUUUGUUAUUCUUGUGGUGCCGAAUAUAGAGAAAGCCAGCAGACUUGCCAAUGUGCCUUCUGGGAUGAAGACAAUUCCGACGACUUAGUCUCCCAAUCUGCCCAGGAAUCAGAUCAAUGGGCUUGGGAAACUUUCAAUUCUCUCCCCAUGAUCAUGGAUGCAUACUCCGACCAAGAGAGAUCUCAGCUGGCCCUCAUCCAAAGAUUCCUUGCUGGGGGUUUCAGCCUGAGUGAUCACCAUCCAUACCAAUCGCCGCCACGCUGUACAGACUCUUAUGUAGAUGCUAUGAAGGAUCUUCAUCAACUGCCUUGGCUCGAAAGGUUUGUCUCAGUCAUAAGCGACAAUUACUAUGAAGAUUAUAUGCAGUGAUGCCGAUAUAAAGACUAGUCUCUGAUACUUGGAAUAAGUUGAUAUGAUAAGCAAUAUGCAACAAUGCGUUCAGGGAAAGUGUUGAGUUUCUCGCUCUAUUCACUCCAUAAUUUUUUUCUUUAUAGGGGCAUGUAAAAACAAAAACGCUCUUCAUUACAAUGUGUAAUUUUCUUGAUCAUUAUAUGCUGGAAAAUUUGUGGCCCAGAUGAUCCUUUCCUUGCAUAAGAUGAUGGUUGCUUCUUCUUGAAAGAAACUGAGAGAAAAGAAAAAAAAAAAAAAAAAAAAAAAAUCCCCGGACA